AUGGCUCUGGAAGACAAGAAGAAACACAAGAAGCAAAAGCUCAUGGACUCAAAGGCUGAGCUAGUUGCCGAGGCCGCAGAGGAAAAAAUGAGACAACAUCCUCGCGAGGACACUCCCCAGGAAAUGGAGAUCCAUGAUGGCGGAGAAUUUACUGGCGUGGAAAGAUACAACACCACUGCUGAAAUCGCUCAAAAGUUGGAAAGCGGCAAUAAGAAUCCCUUUACAGGUAAAUCUUUCUCGCAAAAGUAUUUUGAUAUUCUUACUGUGAGAAGGGAUUUGCCUGUUCAUGCCCAGAGAGAUGAGUUCUUAAGAAUCUUCCACUCUACACAAAUCAUGGUGUUCGUUGGUGAGACCGGUUCCGGUAAGACCACCCAAAUCCCUCAAUUUGUCCUCUACGAUGACAUGCCACACCUUCACGGCUCUCUUGUCGCCUGUACCCAACCUAGAAGAGUGGCAGCCAUGUCUGUGGCAAAGAGAGUUGCAGAGGAGAUGGAUGUCGAAUUGGGCGGUGAAGUCGGUUACUCCGUGCGUUUUGAAAACAAAACAUCUUCUAAAACCAUUCUCAAGUAUAUGACUGACGGUAUGUUAUUGCGUGAGGCUAUGGAGGACCAUAAUUUGUCAAGAUACUCAUGUAUCAUCUUGGAUGAAGCGCACGAAAGAACUUUGGCAACGGAUAUUUUAAUGGGUUUGCUUAAACAAGUUACUCUCAGAAGACCAGAUUUGAAGAUCAUUAUCAUGUCCGCUACUUUGGAUGCUGAGAAGUUCCAGAACUAUUUCAACGACGCUCCCCUUCUCGCUGUUCCUGGUAGAACCCAUCCAGUCGAGAUUUACUACACCCCAGAGCAUCAAAAGGACUACUUAGAUGCUGCCAUCAGAACUGUGUUGCAAAUCCACGCAACUGAGGAUGAAGGUGAUGUCUUGUUGUUUCUCACUGGUGAGGAGGAGAUCGAGGAUGCAUGCAGAAAAAUUCAGCUCGAGGGAGAUGAGCUCAUCAGAGAACAAAACUGUGGUCCUAUUAAGGUGUAUCCAUUGUAUGGUUCCUUGCCACCCCACCAACAACAGAAGAUUUUUGAGCCUGCUCCACAAAAUCACAAGCAGGGCGGAAGACCUGGACGUAAGGUCAUUGUCUCUACCAAUAUUGCUGAAACAUCCUUGACCAUUGAUGGUGUUGUCUUCGUCGUCGAUCCAGGAUUCUCCAAACAAAAAGUCUACAAUCCUAGAAUCAGAGUCGAGUCUUUGCUCGUCUCUCCAAUCUCAAAAGCUUCCGCGCAACAAAGAGCUGGUAGAGCUGGUCGUACUCGUCCAGGUAAGUGCUUCCGGUUGUACACUGAGGAGGCAUUUAAGAAAGAGUUGAUCGAGCAGCUGUACCCCGAAAUUUUGAGAAGUAACUUGGCUUCAACUGUGUUGGAGUUGAAGAAACUUGGAAUUGAUGACUUGGUUCAUUUCGAUUUUAUGGACCCACCAGCUCCAGAGACAAUGAUGAGAGCCUUAGAGGAACUCAACUACCUACAGUGUCUCAGUGACGAGGGUGACUUGACGCCCUUGGGACGUCUUGCUUCUCUUUUCCCAUUAGAUCCAAUGUUGGCUGUCAUGUUGAUUGGUUCGCCUGCUUUCGAGUGUUCGGAAGAGAUUCUCACGAUAGUCGCUCUUUUGUCUGUUCCUAACGUGUUCGUUCGCCCUGCUUCUGCAAGAAAGAGAGCUGACGAGAUCAAGAUGAGUUUUGCACACCCAGAUGGAGACCAUUUGACCUUGCUCAAUGUCUACGAAGCAUUUAAUUCCGACGAUGCCCACAAUGUUGGCUUGCAUCAAUGGUGUAGAGACAAUUUCUUGUCUUACCGUUCUCUUACCACAGCCAGCAGUGUCAGAUCGCAAUUGCGCCGUAUCAUGGAACGCCACGAUAUUGACUUGAACAGCACAGACUUCGAGAAUCCAAACUACUGGGAUAACGUUCGUAAAGCAUUGGCUGCUGGUUUCUUCAUGCAAGUUGCAAAGAAAAAGAGUGGCAAUAAGGGUUUCUUGACUGUCAAAGACAACCAGGACGUUUUAAUUCACCCGCUGACGGUUUUGUCGAAGGAAAAUGAAUGGGUGAUCUACAAUGAGUUUGUGCUUACAUCCAAAAACUACAUCCGUACCGUUACCAACGUGAGACCUGAGUGGUUGGUAGAGCUUGCACCUAAAUACUACGACUUGAGUCAUUUUGCCAAAGGUGAUGUGAAGCUAUCAUUGGAGCGUGUUGUCGACCGUGUCGAUGCCAUGAAGAGAACCAAGAAGAGUAAGAACUAA